GUCGAGCAGUCGGUGUCGCGUUCCGUAUGUUCAAGAAUUAAAACUUCAUUAAAAGCAACAAAAUAACUCCGCGGCAUUAAAUCGAUUCUUAAACAAGUUAUUUCACUCGAAGCAAUCUAGUUUGCGUGGAAAGUUCAUCACAGUGAAGCGUAGAGCAACGCAGUAAAACCGAAUCGUGAUCCUCUAUCGCGCGUCGUACGUGACCGACUCGGGAGAAAAACAAAAUGGUUGACAAAAUUGAGAUGAGCCUUGAUGAAAUCAUCAAGUCGCAAAAGGGAUCCCGCCCGCGCGGUGGCGGACGCCCGGGGGUGGCCAGCCGGCCACCCCGUCGCACGGCCAGUGGCGGAACCAGCGGAACCGGGUUCCGGUCUAACCAGCGCAACGGCAGCGGCGGUGGCGGAGUCCUGAAGGGACGUAAUCGUGGCGGAAUCUCCCGAGCACGCUACGGGCGGGGCGACGUGAACAGCGCAUGGAAGCAUGAUAUGUACGAAGGAUCGCGCGGCAAAAACCGCCUGAUGACAGCGGCCGGCUUCGGCACGGGCUCCGGAAGCGGCGGCGUGGCCAAACUGUUGGUGUCGAACCUGGAUUUUGGCGUAUCGGAAACGGACAUCAACGAGCUGUUUGCGGAGUUUGGACCACUGAAGAAUGCCUCAGUUCACUACGAUCGAUCCGGACGUUCGCUAGGAACGGCCGACGUUGUCUUCGAGCGGCGCGCAGAUGCAAUCAAAGCGAUGAAACAGUACAACGGAGUUCCGCUGGAUGGGCGACCGAUGAGCAUCCAGAUGGCCACCUCUGAAAUCCCCGUCACCCGCCCCCCACGUCCCGUGGUAUCUCCGGGACCUCCAGCGCGAUCAACCCGUAAACCGGUCGGCGGCCGCGGUGGUGGUGCAAAUAAACCGCAGACGGGACGUCGUCCAGCCGGUGGAGCAGGCGGUGCCCGAGGGCGGCAACCACGUGAAACCAAAACUGCUGAAGAGCUUGACGCCGAACUGGACGCCUAUACCAAAGACAUGAAGUAGAAAAUGGCCCACCCAACGGCCAUGCAAUGAGAGGAUGGUGUACUCUUGUUCGAUUACUAACCUUUUCAUGCAGUGCGUUGUCUUCGGUACGGGGUGAGCGAAGAUUUUAAGGUUUAAGGAAGAGCACGAGUGAGUGUGGACACCGCGCACUGGCCACACCUGUGCUUGUUUGUAUGCUGGACUUCAAGUGUACACCAUUUAAAAAUUUGCAGCGAAAGAUACAUAUUUACUCUUUCCGACGAUUAUUGUAAAUAGACAACGUAAACAAUAUAAAAAGGAACUCACGCAGCAGCAGCAGAAGCAAUUUACGAAUAGAUUCUUCAGAAUGGUGACGGUCUUUCGGGAGUGAAAAGCGUCAGGGUGUGGUGCAUUUACUGUGUCGUGAGGCAAUUAGGCAAACUAACGAGACAAACACCCUACGGCCAACCGCGUGGCUCUAUCCGCGGGUCAAUCCCCGAGAGAGGUGGUGUAGACCACGUCGUCAAAUCAUCGAUCAUCGCUGUGCUGCCUCAGUGCACGAUUCGCACUGUUCAUCUUUGACAACAGUAAUUAAGUUUCAUCCCAUCAUCAUCAUCAUCAUCGGAGAGAUCAUCAACAGCAGAUUAGUCGUUAGUUGUUGGUACUACUAUAUAGUGAAAUUGUAGUAGCAAAAACGAAGACAAAUAGGGUACGAGCACAUCGGAACUUAGUGCAGAACUAAAAAAGGAGUGAAUAAUUGCAGUUUUGAUAAUUUAGAUUGCAAAGGUGAUUUAGUGGCCAACUAAAGCACGAUCACCCAUCACAGAUCAUGCUUUCCUUCAUUUUCUCAGCGGACUAUAACAAACGUAGCAACAAAAGUUUAGUUUUUAAUCGAAACCGCCUCCACAACUCACUCGUAGGAUUUCGUCAACAGAGAGGCGCCAGAGAUCCACGCGGAAGUGAGGCACAAGAUAGGACACAGGUACCGGGAGGAGGAUUAUCACCGUGUAUCGCUUUAGUUUGGAAUCCCAGCAAACAGAAAGAAAGAAAGAGAAAGAUAGCGCGCGUCGCGGCACGAGAGAAUGUAGAGAGUGAAUUCCCGGAAGCGAAUGAGAACCAAAAUACUGAAAUAAAUUGAAAACGUGAUUCC